AUGUCCUUUCUGGAAAUCACUGACUUGGGGUGGUCAAUUGUGGGAGGAGAAAUUGAGAGGCCGAGGGAGGAAUCAGAGCUCCCGAUUGAUGGCUGGAAAUUCAUGAAGAAGAGGCAAAGACGGAAGCAGUUGAAGGAUGAAGUGCGGGAGAGGAUUGGCCGGGAUCCUUUGACGGUGUCGUCGAACUCGCUGCGUCUCAUGAUUGGAAAGGCCCGGCCGAUCUGGAACUCUGAGAUCCGCUCGAUGGGGAGGAGCUCAAAUCCGAUGAGGAGACUGACGAAUCCAAGAAGGAGGAGAUGUUGUUUGAGCUCGGCGCCGACAACAAUCGAUUAUCUGCUUACUUUUACCCAAGAUGCACGGUGUUCUAUGCGGAGUUUAGUCAUGGCGUUUCCGCAUGGCGAGCACUCUGGCUUCAUACCAGAAACUUUUAUAUUACAGCUGGAAGUUUUCCGCUGGCGGCAAGCAGAUUUGUGUUGGGAUGUCAUCGCCACUUUUAUUGUGGCUAAUUAGGGCCGCUCAACCUGGAAACUGAUUUAUGUUGCCAUGUGCUCAAAUUGCCGCCUUUGUGCUCAUCCUGUUAUGAUUAUUUGUUGUCUCAUAGCUUGAGGAAAUUUGCCUUGGCUUUUGGAAAAGGUCUCUCCCUUUGUUGUAACUU